AUAUAGACUUUAGUUUCACUGUACUAUCGUUUUAUUGCUCAUUCGUUUAAUCAUUAACGUAAACAUUUUGUCGGAAUUGUAUAUUUUAGAACUAUUUUGUGACAGAUUCUCAGCAGCGGAAGGAUAUUUCACAACACUGCGGCCUUGGCUCCAGAAAGUGCUAGAAGCAGCACGGCAACAGGAAACAUCUCCGGGCCUCUGAUUGGCUGGCAUGGUUGUUUGUGUGACCUGUGAUUGGUUGGUGUGUUACAGUAAGUAAUGUUUGAUGACUAAGUUAUGUUCAUGUCUACGAGGUUAUAACAGAGACCUAUUUAAGAGUUAGACACGACCUAUAUACACGAAAUGUUGUAUAAUUCUAGGCCCGAACAAUGUCGGCUUUGCACUAAUAUUCCUUCUUUAAUUGUUAUGUUAUGUUGCAUUGAAACGUAUCAUGCCUAAAGGACUGUAUGUUUAUGUGACUAACACAGAAGAGGGACAUGUGCAGACAAGUCUUCAGCUGAUCCCCGUCAAACGUGCCACUGCUUACAGAUGGAAACGUGUUAGCUGAAUGUGCUACCAGCUGUUGUGACAGCAGGCAGGGCGACUGGAACUUUCUGGGUGCGACAUUUAGUUCACCAUCAAUAGGUUUCGCAACAACCACGUCACACCAGUUUCGUCUGGACGUUGUUCAACAGUUGGAAUGGAGCUGGUGAAACAUACAGGCGGCUGCCAUUGUGGGGCUGUACGAUUUGAAGUCUGGAGUUCCCCAGACCUCCAUGUGUUUCACUGCAAUUGUAGCGUUUGCACGAAGAAACAAAACCACCAUUUCAUUGUUCCAAAAAGUCAGUUCACACUCCUACAGGGGUUGGAUAAUCUGACCACGUACACGUUCAACACUCACGUGGCUAAACACACCUUCUGUAAAACCUGCGGGGUUCAAAGUUUCUACUCUCCACGCUCCAACCCUGACGGAUACGGUGUUGCUCCUCACUGUCUGGAUCCAGGGACUGUUCGCAAUGUGACAGUGGAGAAGUUUUGUGGGGAGAAAUGGGAAGAAAGCAUGCAGACUCACAAAACCAUCCGAGACAUGUCUAAACCCGCCCAAGAAAAAUAACACGACUGUGAUACAAGAAUCAAACAUUUUUUAAUCAGCGAUACAUCAGAAAUAUUCAACAGUAUUUCACAGAUUUUUGAAAUAAUACAGUGAAGAAAAACAGAACCACCUGGAAAACCUUAGUGUUGUUUUUAUACAGUGUAUGACUGAAAGUUAUAUCUGUAGCAAAAACACAAGAAAUUACCAAUAUUAAUAAACAUCGUUUCAAAAUG